AUGGCCUCAAUAGAUUUUGCGUCAGCCCGUGGGACCAAACUCAACGAUAUAGUAGUCGAUCACCGCCCCAGCACCGGCCGUGGCAAGAAACUUACCCUUGCGCAAGAGGGCGUUCUGAAAAGACUCUAUGAACAAAAAUUGCCCGCGGUGUCCAAUGGCGAGUUGCCAGCAAAAAAGUUCUGGUUGGAUGUCGCGUCACGGUUUCACGAGGAGACCGGUCGCGAGUAUUCAUGGUUGUCUGUGAAGCGGCGGGCUGCAGGUUGGCGGCAGAAGUCUCCAGAAGUUGACCAGCGACUGGAUGCUUCUCAUGCUAGCAAGCUCGGGAUUGAGGACUUGGUGAUUGAACCUAAUCAUCAAGAUAUUUCUCAUCAAUCCCUAUCGGAACAAAAUUCAUACGUCAGGAAACAACUCACGCUGUCACAAAAGCCUUCCUUGCACCCGCGGGGUUCGAAUACCCUGGGGUUGUCUCAAAUCGAAAGAAGCCCGGGUGUUACAGAGCCAACCCAAGACACCAGUCGGAACCUUGAAUCCCUUCUCAUAUCUCAGCCUCGCACUCGAUCAACAUCGCCCCAACGUGUAUCGCAGCCUAAAUACCGUCACCGAUCUCCUUCGACAAUGAGACGUACCAAACUUGUCUCCAAACGAUUGCAUCACCAGCUAGCCUCUCCCGCUGAUGGAAUAGUCGACUCUGGCCCCGACCCUUUGUCCGACUCCUCUGGAGCUUAUGAAAAUGUGCAGCCCAUUUAUCCGGGUAAACGAAACCCUGCUGGAUUCAACCGCAUCCGUGAGUCAGUUGAGCAAAAUGAGCCUGAGAAGAACGCCCGUAAUUCAGCAAUAUCUAAGCAUGGAGUGAAUAAAGUCAGCAACCGUCUUCUUGCGUCGCCAGGCUUAUCUGGGCAAGAUGACUUACCACUGGCCCCAACUCGGAUUAUGAGAAGACGUGUCGCAAAAUGA